AUGGAAAUCAUUACGGAGAGGUUCUACUCGGACCUUUUCCGUUCAUCAACUCCUGUGUCAAGUCCAAUCAUCCACACUGCUGAACCUCCACCACGGAUUCUCACUUCGGAAGUACGAGUCGCUAUCAAGAGCAUGAAACCUGGCACAGCCCCCAGACCUGAUUUUAUAUCAGCAGACUUUCUUCGGGCUGGUGGCCAUCCAAUUCAUGUAAUCUUAGCAGCGCACAUGACAUCCUACCUUCAGAAAGAAGCGAUCCCAGACCAGUGGAAGACCUCGCGAACCGUUCUUAUCCAUAAGAAAGGUGACCAAGAGGACCUUCGCAACUACCGUCCGAUAAGCUUGCUGAGCGUGUUAUAUAAAGUAUCCAGCAAGAUCAUCUUCACACGCAUAUCUAGGACGCUGGAUGAAGCCCAGCCUCAAGAACAAGCUGGAUUCCGCCAGGGGUUCAGCUGCUUGGACCACAUCCAGACCGUGUCGAGGGUCAUAGAGGUUUGCCGGGAAUACCGCCUGCGCCCUGUUCUAACCUUCAUCGGCUAUGAGAAAGCCUUCAACAGCGUAAAAACGAAUGCAACACUGUCAGCGCUGGUCGAUCAAGGUGUGGACGCUUCGUAUGUGAGGACAUUCACCAAUUGCUACAAUCGGUGCACUACGAAGAUACAACUUUUCCACCGCUUCCUCACCAUACUCAUUGGAAAGGGGGGUACGGCAAGGCGAUACUAUAUCGCCGAAGCUGUUCGCGGCUGCAUUGCAAUGGAUAAUGAAAUCACAAAUGAAAUAUGGGAAGAAAGGGGCAUACGUGUUGAUGGAAGAUUUCUCUCGAAGCUUCGUUUCGCGGACGACAUCGUUCUCUUUUCGAGCAGUACCAAUGAAGCAGAAACAAUGCUCAACGAAUUGAACGAAGCAGGUAGGAGAAUAGGACUGCGAAUAAACAGGAAGAAGACACAGUUCAUGAAGAACGCGUACUGCGAUGAUGGAGGAGUACAACUUGAAGGCUCCCAAAUCGUGGAAACUUCGUCAUACGUGUACCUCGGACGUUCUAUGAACAUGGAAAACGACUUGAAGGAAGAACCGAAUAGAAGAAUGAGAGCAGCAUGGGCAGCAUUCGCAGCCGUCAGGGAAGCUACGGACCAACUGACGGACCAAGAUCUUCGUGCCCAUCUGUUCGACUCGACAGUUCUUCCAGCGCUCUGUUACGCAGCGGAGAUGUGGGCAGACACCGCUGCCACGUCUAGGAAGCUACUUACUACCCACAGAACCCUUGAGAGAUAUCUUCUGAAGUUUAACCAGCGCACACAACACCUAACCUAG